CGGAGCUGUUUGCCAAAUCUCUGAAAUAUAGGUCCCAUCCGCUGACCAACUGCCCGACUAGUACUCAUAUUCUCCCUCACUUGGCCAUCAACCCAAAUUUCGUCGAGACCGUGACUUGAACUCUUGCGCAGGAUCAAAGGAAACUAGGUUUUACCAGCCAGUAGAUCAGUCCUAGGCCUCGAACGAUUAGUAUAGGAACGCCGUGACAAGUCGAAAUCACGGUAGAGAAGAUGGGGGAUCAAGGAGCUGGUGGAAUCGAGAGUCGAGGCGUUGAGAGCAACACAACGAGACGAAUGUCUGAACCACGACCAAACUCGCACGAUGACCAAAUCCAGCAAAAAUCAGCCGAGACGAAGGCACCCAAUUCGGAGAGCGAGGAGCAGAAGUAUGCACAAACCGGACCUAGACAUUUAGUGCCUGUUCACCCCGGAAACCCGACGACAAGUGGUGGGCUUUCGCGGAAUCCGUCCACAAGCUCCAAUGUGUCCAGAGACUCCCGUACUGUAUUUGAGUUUCCUCAAAGACCUCGAGCUUCAAGACCAUUGGAACCGCCUGUAACGAAAGCCACUUUGAGCGAACUGGAUGUAAAUAAGAUUAUCCAUAACCCAAAGUUACGGCACGAUAUAAAUUUCGACCCGGACCUUCAUUUCAGACCCAAUGUAGAUGGAGAAAAGGGCAGACGAAAGCAGGAGAAGGCUAAUCAAUUUUGGAACACGCUGACGGAACAAUUGCAACUAUUUAUCAUGGACCGAGACGAAUUCAUGAAUAGAUUCGGACAGGGCGAAGAAUGGUGCCUCCCGCAGUUACUAAAGUCGGUUAAAGAGAUCAUACAGACGUUAGUGCCGCAGAGGGAUCGUAUGUACCUGGAUGAAGGACUCAACGUGGAUUUGAUCAUGCAACAAUUCAGCAAGGGAAUGGCAGACUUGGAAAAGCUAGCUUCGUGGUUGUCUGGAGUGCUCAAAUCUCAUUGCGCCCCUAUGAGGGACGAGUGGGUGGACGAGAUGUACAACCAGCUAACGAACGGUAACAAGACUAAUGAUAUGGAGGAAUUGGUACAAGGAAUGCGAAGUCUCCUGAGCGUUCUAGAAGCCAUGAAACUCGAUGUUGCCAACCACCAAAUUAGAUGUCUGCGGCCGAUUCUGAUAGAGGACACGGUCCACUUUGAGCAACGUUUCUUCCUGAAGAAAAUCCGAGACCGCAAGAUGGACCCGGGUCCGUCUCAGGCGUGGUACUUGACGGUGAGUCAGUACUAUUCUAGAGAUCCCGCGUCUGUACAAGCUUUUGGGGAAAUGGGCGUGUUCUUCGAGGCGCUAUGCAAGAUGAUACUUCCCUCGACCGAUCCGUACUCUCACCCGGACACGUUCGUAUUCGAUGAAGAGCGGAUGGCUAAGCUACGAUCUGAUAUGCUUGAUGCAAUCAACCUGGAAAUCUGCAUGCGUCUAUAUGAAAACUUGGAGAGACGGUACAGACAUUGCGAUUCAAUGUCUAGUGUCAGUGCUAUCCCUACGCCUUUCCUAUCAACACCAUUUUCAGACGCUUCCGGCUUCUUGAGCACGGAAGACGAAGACUCGGCACAUUCAAGGCCAUCCAGCCUAGUAUUCAGCUCUGCCGGAUCAGCUCAUUCCUCACCUCGCGCCUCACUCGUUCUACCCACCCAGCCAGCCACAAACCGCUUAGAAGACCAGCAAUCCAAAUCGAAAGACCUCUACAACUCGCUUGUUGCUUUGCUUCAGACCUCUUCCGCAAGCUCACGAUCAGUAUCUCGGUGGAAGGCUAUGAAGGAUUCUUUGGCCCUCCAAAUUUUCCGGUACACGAACGCUCCAGCCCAAGAUCUUCUACAAUUCGAAGAUGAGCUUGAUAACCACCUAUCCGAACUCUCCUCCCCACUCUUCCAGCAGGUAGAGCAGUACUACCACUAUCACCUACUUGUGGAAACUCGACAGCGUGUCAAGGACUUCAAGGGACUUACCGGUGCUGCCCUAUUCUCGGUCGCUACUGGCGGACGUUUACAUGGCCCCAACCGCGCUUUUGACGGCCCCCGCGAGAACACGAGUCGAGAGCGUACUUCUCUAGAGAACGCCAUCCGGGAAGCGCGGGAAGAAGGCGGUGUUGAGGAUAUGGCCACGCGGUUAGCCCACAUGGGUCUGCUUCAUUGGAGAGUCUGGUCGCACUUGGUCUACGCCGGGGACCUCGACAGCAUCAUGGCCAUACCUGAUAUGCCGAUGGCGAUCUAAUUAUUGACGUGUCACGCAUGAGAUCCUCUUCGAUUCUUGGAAGUCCCCGAUUUUCUCGUUCACAUGGAAACAGGCCUUACACUUUUAAUCAUCUCAUCACGUUCCUCCUUCCUGCUUGCGUUUCGGGCGAUACCUCUAUGGCGAGUCGACAUUAUUAAUACC